AGUGCCUGCCAGUGCCUGUCAGUGCAAUUGCAAGCGAGAAUUCGCUGCCUUCUUUUGCGUUUCUAUCGUACAUAGGGACCGAGUAAUUGCUGAACUGUUCAGUUGUACUGUAUGCGCUAGAGGCUUGGAGAAGAAAGACUAGGUUUAGGAAUGCCAAGGGCAUAGUUCUGCUCAGUUUAUAAGGUGUAAACAAGUGUGAGGAAAUGGAUAAUAAAGACGAAACAACGGAAGUAAUUCAAGACGAUACUGAAUCCUGCAAUGGAACCGAUGCAUUGUGCAAAGAUAAAUACCAAUCCAAUGAACGCGUCAAUAAUAAAGCAAGGUUCGGCGGUUACGUCAUAGAAUCCCUCGUUAUAUUUUGUGCAGCACUUCCUUCAUUAAACAUCGGGUAUGCGAUCGGGUUCAGUUCUCCUGCUGCACGUGACUUCGAGGUCCACGAAACACAGUUAAACUUAACGACGGAGCAGACGACAUGGUUUGGGAGUUUAUUGGUGCUUACAGCAAUAGCAGGCAGCAUUGCAUGUGGGGUGUUCAUGGACAAAUUCGGCCGCAAACUUUCAAUUCUUCUUCAGCUACUUAUCUACGCGAGUGGUUGGGUCUCAAUCAGUUUGUCUGGUUCGCAUCUUCCUUUGUUUAUCGGUCGUUGUCUCAGUGGGUUCGCUAUGGGGGCUUCUUACACCGCCACGCCGGUAUAUCUUGUCGAAGUUGGUCCUCCUUUUAUUCGUGGGAGUCUGGGUACUUUAUUCAAUUUGUUCCUAGCGAUCGGCAUACUGGUAGCGUACGCUUUCGGGUUUCAUUUCCGAUGGCGAAGCCUGUCGCAUAUUGGAGCCAUAAUAGCUUCUAUUUCAUUUCUUCUUUGUCUUUGGAUUCCUGAAUCACCAAGUUGGCUGGUAAAGAAGGGGCGUCGGGAAAAGGCAAGAAAAAGUCUAAGAUUUCUACAAGGGAGAAGAAAAAGUAGGAAAGAAAUAACCAGCGAGGUUGACACGAUUGCUGAAAGUGUUUUGGAUCAUGAGACGGGCAUGCACUUACGAGAUGCACUUGAAUCAAACUUCAUAAAACCAGUGACAAUCCUAAUUUUUCUCAACGCCUUCCAACACUUAAGUGGAAUUAACGUGAUUAUCUUUUAUGCGCAUUCAAUAUUUCGAAUGGCGAACUUCCAAAACGAAAGCAUUCCUUCUGUUGUGGUGGGUGGUAUUCAAGUUUUUGCUUUUUUUGUUCCGCUGGUAUUAAUGGACAAAUGGGGUCGAAGGAAAAUGGCGUUUAUAUCUGGCAUUGGGGCCACGUUGUGCCAUGCAUCAUUGGGGGUUUGUAUGUAUAUGGAGUCUUUUGACUUAUCAGCCACACUUGGAGAUAAUACCACGAGUUACAACGUUAGUGGGCCGGGCAUUGAUGAAGCUGUGCAGCAUCCUCCAGUUACAGCAUGGUUAACGCUUGUGAGCGCAAUUCUCUUUAUUGUGUUUUAUACCUUCGGACUUGGACCUAUUCCAUUUGUCGUUCAAGCCGAACUGAUGCCGCUCAAAACACGAGGGGUCGGUGGUGGAAUUGCUAGCGCCACAAACUGUGUUACAGCUUUCGUGAUGGUCAAAUGUUUCCCUUCUUUCGUGGUGCUUAUUCAUAUAUACGGAGUGUUUUGGCUUUUAUCUGGACUCUCCGCGGCAUAUGUUGCUUUCUGCUGGUGGUGCUUGCCUGAGACUAUGGGUCGGUCACGUGACGAACUGGAGCAUUUGUUCGACCUACGUUAUAAAGUCGGUGCUGAGAAAAAGAAACGAAGUUCAAAAAAUGGCAAAAACGUCUCUUUAACAACUGUGUGAAGUAUUUUUGUUUUUUGGGGUUAAAUUCUAACUAGUUCUUGCCUAAGAUCAAAGAAAGCAUCAACUGACAUAACUUUCUUUUUAAUACACAAUAAUAUAUUAACGCAAAGUUUUUUACAACUUUGAAAUUACCAGAGAAGUAUGCGCUAUUUUGGCAUUUGUAGCAUUGCACACUAUGUAUGUAAUAUAACUUACGUGCACUAAUACAUAGCUUAUAUCGAA